AUGAGCGGCAACCUAAGGAGCAUGAAGAAUGUACUUGCUGAUGCAGCCAUAAAGGGUGUGGCAUUGGCAAGGGCUCGGAUAUUCGGUCAUGUGCUCAACCCAACUGGGCAGAGAUCUCCGCACAAGAUUCUGCGCAAGAAGCUUAUUGGUGAGAAGGUGGCCUCGUGGUACCCUUAUGACAUUAAGAAAGAUGACCCCCUCAUCAUGGCCCGUCAAGAACAAGAGCGCUUAAACAAGCUUGAAAUGUUGAAACGCCGUGGAAAGGGACCACCAAAGAAGGGCCAAGGAAAGCGUGCUAAAAAGAGUGGCAAAUAG